UUUCAUUAAUAUAUAUCAAGUUACUACAUGUGAAAAUGAAACCUUGGUAGAGAACAAGGCUAUUUCAACCACAUUAGUCAGUAAUCUAAUGCACUCUAAUCAUAAGGUGAUAUGUCACACUGCAGCUUUUCAUGAACUCAAGAAAUGUCCCUCAGCUUAGUAGACAGUGCUUUAACCAAGCUGCCCUACACCUAUUCACAAAAGUACUGGACAUGGAUCUGGCUGUAAGAAUGCAGUCUUAUCAGAUGGUGCACUCUCUCCACACGUGGACGGCACUGCGUGAAGCUGCUCCAGUAGGAUGUGUUGACAUCAUAAUGCUGUUGCGAAGACGUGUCAGUGAGAGAUUGUCAUAGAGAGACAUUGGUGUGGAGAUAAAGACAUCCUCCUCAAGAUAUACAGUUAUACAUGCUCUUCACUUAUGAUUAAGAGUGGUUUCAAGGUGAACGCACUAUUGGAGCAAACCAUCUCAGACAGCUAGUCGCGUGUCUGUGCUAUUUACUUUGCCAUCUCAAAUCGAGAUGUGACAUGCAUUGAGUGUUGUUUAAUGCAGGAGCCAAACCUGACCUGGAUGAUGCCAUCGGCUGUUUUCUAGUGGCAGUGAGGGCUGAAGGGUAUGAGACUGUCAAGAUGCUCUUGGGCAAACAGGCAGAUGUGAACAGCUACUUCAGUGUGGUCAACAACACAAUAUUUACCAAAGCUCUUUAUAACUUCUUAUAAAAAUAAAAAAGUGUUCCUGUAGCUCAAUUUGGAGAGCCUUACGUUAACAAACACAAAGGCCGUGGGUUCAAUCCAAGGGAACAAUGCUGUCAUCAAUCCAGUGUUUCAAAGAUCUUCGAGUUUGUGAGUCAGAUCUACAAAACAUUUUUGUGUUAACUUCAUAAUUGUUUAUAUCCUCACUCUGUAGCACCCAUUAUAUUUCUAAAAACUUUAUACAGAAUGAUCUUCAUGUAAAUGGUUGAGGCUGUGUAUUUACAAACACAUUUUUGGCUUGUUAAUGUGUAAACGUGCUUGUAAUGUUAAAGGUGCAGUGUGUAAUUUUUAGAAGGAUCUCUUGACAGAAAUGCAAAAUAAUAUACAAAACUAUAUUAUCAGGGGACCUUUUUAUAAUGAACUGUUAUGUUUUCAUUACCUUAGAAUGAGAUGUUUUAUCUACAUACACAGAGGGUCCCCUUACAUGGAAGUCGCCAUUUUGUGCCAUCAUGUUUCUAUAGAAGCCCUUAACGGACAAACUUUUUUUUACCAAGUUGUCUCCGUCAAUUACAUGUUUUUCCAGUGGCGGGUACCGUAGCUUCUCUUUGCGUUUCAAAGGGAGGGGUGAGCAGUGGACUGAGCCGUUGGUUGCAAUUUGCAACCUCACCACUAGAUGUCGCUAAAAUUUACACACUGCAUCUUUAAGCUUUCAUAUUUCAAAACGAUCAUGUCUGAUUUUUAUUCCACUUGAUCUUUUACACAGAAAACUAGCGCAAUGCCUGGGAAAGAUUAAACAUUUUGAAACAACUGAAACAUUUAUAGGAUUUAUAGAUUUUCAACCCGAUGUGAAGCUAUUCUCCCAAGACUUCUACACAAGCUGUAAAAGUUACUUAUUUAACACAUGGUAGUCUCAGGGAAUCUGGGAUUUCCCCCCUGCAAAAUGACUGUACGUACAGUAUAUCAGUAGAUAGAUUCAGCAGGUGUCAAUUACAGCACGUUUAUAGAAAGCUAUAAACCCUGCAUAAAGACUCUGCAAAUAAAACCCCAUAAAAGCAGUAGAAUCGCUGCAUAGUGUAUGCAUUUGGUGUGUGAAUAUAAAAAAAAUUUGAUCAGCUUGAUCAUGCACAGUUUAGUAUUACCCAUCAUAUGAAAUCACAAAAUUUUGCAUCUUUUCAAAUUAUUAUUGCAUAAACAUUAUCAUUCAAACAUGAGGUCAUGUUUGUGAAGGCAUAACAUCUGACUUUGCUGGUGUGCAUGGUAGAGACCAGAGCAGGUGAAAGCCAAAAUUAGAUAUGUGAGUGUGUGUGAGACUGGUUGCUGUUUUGGGCAGGCAAAUCCGCCGGCACUCAAGUUCAGAUUGUGUGCAGCUAAACUACUGGCACAGCAGACUCGUGAUUUCACAGGAACUGUGUUUCACAAGGAAGAUGGAUCUAUCAGAUGAUCUAGAUGAUGACGAUGAUCUUCUUAAUGCUGCUAUCCAACUGAGCAUUCAGGAAUCUUGUAAAGACAUUGCCUCCCUUGGAAGUGUGGAACAUCAAAAGAUCUUGGAUGCAAUUUUCCGAGGAGAUCUUUUCGCUCUUGAGAAGCUGUGUGAUUAUCCUGCUGCCUUCACUGAGGUUGAUAGCAGAGGCUGGUACCCACUGCACCGAGCUGCUGUCCAGCAGUCUGUACAAGUGUUGGAGAUGGUCAUCUAUGGUUCUUACAGAUUAUCCUUAGAGAAAGAAACUGCAGAUGGGGAGACGCCGUUGAUUUUGGCUACUCAAGCCGGUCUGGUGGAGAUCGUGAGGACUCUGCUCGAACAUGGAGCUUCACCCAACAGGACCAACAGCAAGAACGAAUCUCCCUUAUUACUGGCCGUAAGAACAGACUCAUUUGAAAUCGCUUUCACACUUCUAUCACGAGGCGCAUCGGCGAAUCAGGUCUGCCUUAAAAACUGGACGGCCAUUCACGAGGCUGCUAAGGUGGGCUGCACUGAUAUUCUUCAGCUCCUCCUGCAACGUGGAGGUAACGUACAUGAGGUAGACCAGAACGGGAUGACGCCUAUGGAGAUUGCUGCAGAAAAUGCCCGAGCAGAAGUGCUGGAUAUCCUCAUUCACUAUGGUGGCAAUGUAAAUGCCCAGGCGCCGAAUGGAGACAGUGUGCUGUAUGAUGCCGCUGGUUCUGGAAAUCCUGACUGCAUUGAGCUUCUGCUCCAACAUGGUGCUGAUCCCAACAUCCCCAAUCUUUCCUCAUGGCUUCCGAUCCACCGUGCGGCUUACGAAGGACAUUACCUGGCGCUGAGAAUGUUAAUCCCCGUAACCACAAAAGAAGCUCUCCAUCUCUCGGGCCAAAGCCCCCUUCAUUCAGCUGCAGAUGGAGGUCACGUCCAGUGUCUGGAGUUCCUACUGGCGAAAGGCUUCGAUGUCGAUGCUCUUCUAGAAACGCACGUCUCUGAGAACUACGGGGACAUGAGACGGACCGCCUUGUACUUCGCCGUCUCCAAUGGAGAUGUGACCGGCACUCAGAUAUUGUUAAACGCCGGAGCUAAAACCGACCUGGAUCCUCUACACUGUCUCCUAGUGGCGGUAAGAAGCGGGAGGUACGAGAUUGUCAAGUUGCUCUUGGCCAAGCUUGCUGAUGUGAACUGUUAUUUCACGGUGGUCAAUGACACAGUGUUUCCUACUGCGCUACAAUACUGCCUGAAGGACGAGAUGAUGAUGCGACUGCUUCUGAACAGCGGUUACGAUGCCGAAAAAUGCUUCUGUUGUUGUCAUGACUUAACAUGGGGUCGCUAUUCAGAACAUCCAAGUGAGAAGAUCCCAUUCUGCGAUUUCAUCAGCGUCUCUUCGCUCGCUCAGCUCUCUGGAAGAGCUGUACGGGUUCUUCUGGAUUAUGUUAGUCAUGUUCCCAUCUGCUCCAAGCUGAGGAUGGUUCUGAGAAAGCAUAAGGAAUGGCCAGAAAUAUCUGACAUUUUGGGAAACCCUCGUGCACUGAAGCACCUAUGCAGACUUGUCAUCAGAAGAGAGAUGACUCCAUGUAGGCUGGGUGACCCUGAGUUCAUACACUCCGGUCCUUUCCCACCUGGACUGAAAGGCUACCUAAUGUACAAGGAAUAUGAUCUGUAUGGAAGAAUCAUGAGUCAGGAAUGAUGUUCUUUCCUAAAGGAAGAAAACUUGCAGGUUAAAGACGAAAAAUUUCAAUGUUUUAGUUCUUGCGUAUUAGCUUUAAGGACACCAACAUCUUAGUUCUCCCCCUAAACCCUGAAAAAAUUGUGUAAGAUUCACAUAUUGUUCGAAGGUUGACAUGACCAGAUUUUUCACCAUGUUUCCAUCAAAACACUUCUUAAAAUACAUUUCACAAAGCAAUGUCUUUGUGCUAUUUGUGCAAUAAAAUCAUGUUCCAUCUAAA